AUGGCGCACAACUGCAUCGUUUCAUGGGGUGAGUUUUUAUCGUUUCUUGUAGCUUUUUGCUAUCAAUACGAGCAGAUGCUUGUCUUGCAAUUUAAUGUUGAGAACUCUCUAACGUUUAUAAACGUUUGAAUUUUAGAAAAUCGUGUUUAAUUUAAAAUAAAAAAAUGAAGCGAUCGAGGCGUGUUUGAAGAAUUGCAUUUGGACGCUGUUUAUAUGUUGAAAUAUUUACAUAUUUACACUUUACAGACUAGAUAAUUCCGAAUAUUCGGAAUCCGCAUAAUUUUGCAACUUUGGGAACUUUUUUACUUGUUUUCAAGUCUGUAAAUCCUGUGUUAUUUGUAUUUAAAAGGUUUCGAUCAUACAUAUUUUUCAUCAACAUAUUUUAAAUAAACAGCGUCCAAAUGUAAUUCUUCAAACUCACCUCGAUCGCUUCAUUUUUUUAUUUUAAACACGAUUUUUUAAAAUUCAAACGUUAAUAAACGUUAGAGAGUUCUCAACAUUACUUUCAUUAAAUUGCAAGACAAGCACCUGCUCGUAUUGAUAGCAAAAAGCUACAAGAAACGAUAAAAACUCACCCCAUGAAACGAUGCAGUUGUGCGCCAUGCGGCCGACAUUGAUUAUGUACUAAUCGUAAAACGCACAGCUAGGUGACUCAUGGUCAAAACUUAUUUCGUAUUUUAGAAAUGAGCUCAAAUCAAUAUUUUAUAAUAUAUAUCAAACGUAUAUGAACUCAACACGUUAAAAUAAUUUUGACAUAAUUUACACAUCAAAAUUAAACAAAAAACAGGUGGGCCAAGGGUAGGGCCAUAUAAUUUAUCUGUCAAAACCAAAUAACAAGAGAAAACAAGUAUAAAUCCUCACGCUUCGACAGUCUAUCUGAGCAGACUGUGUCUAAACGAACUGCCUGUCUAUAAGUGUCUGUCUACAUAAUCGGCUGUAUAUUAUAGACAUUAUAAUUUCGUGAUAACAAAACACCCCAUAAUAUUUUUUACACCAGAUUUGAGGGCAACAUUUGCUCAUACAUUUGUCUAAAUUUGAAGGAAAUCGGAAAGGGAAAAUUGAUUUUCAAAAAAUGUACCAAACCUAAAAUUUUUUAACUUAAGGUUUUUCUUGUGAUUUUCCCGAUAUUAUAGUCAGUAUAAUUCCGCGGUAACAAAAAUCCCCAAAAUAAUUUUUAUAUCGGCUUUUAGAGCAACAGUUUCUCUUUAAAUUCCCUAAACUUCAAGGAAAUUGGAGUUUUCCCGGAUACGGAAAAUUAAUUUUCAAAAAGUGUAACAAUUUAGAAUUUUUUGGAUCGCAAAAUAAGGCGAUUUUUACACGCUUGCCUUGACUUGGAAACAUUGUUUAAAAGAUUCCAAAAUAGACUAUCGUUGUUUAUAAACAUCUUAUAUACACGUUUAAAAACCGAAAGUGAGGUUUCCUGAAGACGCGAACUGAGCAAAACGAAGUUUUCGAGAGGCUAUGACUCACUAUGUUUUUAGCUAAUUUCACGAAUCUUGGGUACAUGUCAGGUUUUGAUAAUUUUUCGGCGUUUAGAAUAAUAUUUCAGAAAACAAACCCCAUCACGUUUCUAAGUAUACAUUAGUGCAUCACUGAACAAAAUAAGAAAACAUUUCAUUUUUCAUCAUGUGCCACCAGUUGCUCGGUGAUAGUGGAGAUUCCCUCUUAACAGUAAAUAAGUUUUUAGAAAUGUAAAUAAUCUUAAAUAUGUAAUUAUUAGGUAAUUUUAACUUAUCCUCUUAAUUUAUGUAAUACUGGUGUAAUUUAACCUUUUUGGGUUACAAAGUCAGUAAGUCAUUAAAUCAAUUCAAUUCAAAGUUGCCAAGGUGUCACAGUGUUACCGAAUAUUGUCAACGGUGUCAAAUAGCUUGCCGGCGUGGCAUAAAUGAUUAUUACCAGUCUGGAUGAAAAUUUCCCAUGUGAACACGCCAUCCAUGCAAGCUUGCGUCAUAUAAAUUAUGUUUCGCUUUUAUAAAGCUUUGUCAGUUUGAUUGAUAUACUAGCGUCUAACGCUUGCGGACUGUCUGUCUAUCUACGAACUUUGUUCGAAGAAAAUAUGUCCGCCAUGUGGCAGUCGUUUAUGAACACGUUUAUAUCCAUUAUACUACGUUUCAUAUAACUAUUGCGUUUUAUUUCAUUUAGCUCAAAUAUCCGCUUCAUAUUUGUACAAAUUGUCUGAGCUUUUUGACUCGCAAGCACUUGCAAGUUGCGAGUAGCGAGUGCUUGUGAAUGAGAUGAAAUGCGAGUACUCGCUUUGACCCGCGCGCACUCGCGAGUACUCGCUACGCGCGAGUAGACGUACCCUUACUCGCGACAGGUAAAAUAAAAUUAAAUUAAAUUAAAUUAAAUUAAAUUAAAUUAAAUUAAAUUAAAUUAAAUUAAAUUAAAUUAAAUUAAAUAAUGAAAUGAAAUGAAAGGUUGUGCUGCGUUUCAUGCCAUGUCGCAGAAGUCGUGAUGUAAGGGACUGUAAUUUUGCAAUCUUGCCAUUCUCGAUUAUGCGUAGGUGGUUAUGCAUUAUAUUAUGUGAUAGCAUAUAAUAUGCUGUAUAUAUACACUGCCACAGACAGUUCAAGAUUUGUCAAUUAUUCUCUCUUCAUUAAUUGUUUAUUUAUAUUUUCGUGCAUUGUUGCGAUUUCACUUUUUUCUAUAAUUGUUGUUUUGUAGGACCUACAGAACUUUAUUACAUCAAUUUAAAAGUUGUAAAUAACUAUGGUUAUGAUGUCGAUGUGCGAACUAACGCAGAUGUCAUUCAGGACUAUAUAGUUCCAAAUGGUGAAGACCGUCAUAUUCAAGAGAUAACCGAAACAGCAGAAUAUUUCGUUAUAUGUAUUUAUGAUCGUCGUGAUGGAAUUCGGAUUAUGCAUAAUGGUAAAAGCUAUGUAAAGAUUACUCCAAAAACCUCGCCACAGUAUGAGUACAAUAUUAUGCUGGGACCAGGUAUGAUAUGAAUUAUAAAUUACGGUUGAGGCUGGAUAGCACAAUGGAGUGGUUAGUGCUUUUUUCAACCUGCAUAAAAAAAUGGCCGAGUCUCCAGAUAUGUGGAAGCAAAUUAAUUGAUUACCGGUGAAUAAUCAUCGAGACGAAGCCGAGGUGAAUAUUCACUGUAAUCACUGAGUCUGCAGCGAAUAAUUGUUUUAGUACAAUUUUUUAACGAAUGAUACAAAAUAUCCAAAUAUCAGUUUAAUUAGCCAUUUCCCAAAGUCCUGGGUCUAGUCGCGCAAAUCCCAGGGACAAGAAAUAUGGCAGCAUAUAUUUAAAUUCUGAAAAGUUUAAUGUAAAAAAGGAGAUAUUUCAUUUUUGUCCGUCUAAAAAGUUAGUGAUAUUUGAAAGAAGAUACUUCUACUCUUUCACAUAUUUGACGCUUGUUACCAUAUAUUUUCCCCCUCCAAACGAUCCCAGAAUGCAAUGUGAUCUCAUUUGGGAAAAGGCUAAUUAAAAUUCAGAAAUAAAACUGCUCGGCUGGUUCACGGUUACAGUUUUAGUGUUGCAGUGUUUCAUUGUUCCGUGUUUCCACACGCUUUCAAAAUGGCUUCCUGUAUGACUUUAUUGCUUAUAUUUUACAAAGUUGUUUUCUCAAUUUCUGCUUAGAAUAUAAAAACAAUGAUGGAAUGACCUUUUCACCAGAUUUAGAAUUAAACAAGAAUUUCUGUUUAGCAUUAAUUUGUUCAGGAAAUGGCUGAGAAAAUUGGUAAAAUUAUAUGUAAAACUAUUGCUGGAAAUAAGGUUUUAAUACACUUUUCACUUUACAAGUUUUAAAAACACAACACAGCGCCGACAGGACAUCAUACAGGGUCGGAACCGAGCUCCAUAGGCUCGGAGUCAAGUUAGAUUGGCUCGGAGCCGAGACCCAAUCAUCCUCGUACCCAGGGUCUUUUUGGGAAAGACCCUGGUAUUGUGUGAUCACGUGACUCUACAAAAAUUAAUUGCCCAAGGGGGAAUGGCAAAGUGUCAAAUUACAUGCUUCCACAGAAAACGUUAAAUUUCUAAUACCAUAAGUGGGAUUUUAGGAUACAUAGUUCGAAGCGCCCGCUAACUUCUGUUUUAUACCUCUGUUUGCUUUUAAAUUACGAAAACACUCUAGCAUUUUAUCAACAGUCAAGUCAAGAAACAAAUAAAAUCGUAUACUUUAAAGUUAGAAGUUGAGUAAUCCAUCUCAAACAUAUUUUGAUAUCAAACCGGUCAGUUUCCAUCAAAGUUUCCAUAUAUUCUCUUCUAUCUGUUUCUAAAUUACUAAUAUAUGCCAUUAGAUUUGUUGUUUGCAAAGGUUAAUAUACUCUGUGCCAAUUUACUAAUAGUAUGUGCCAAUUUACUAAUGUAAACAUGACACUGCCAAACAAAGACUGAAUGCUCACUUUAAAACUGUCGAUGAUUUAUCUUUGAAAUAGGCUCAGAGAGUGGAGGUGCAAUCCUUUGAAUUUCCAUGCUGUUUUUGAAUAGUUGGAUGGUGAGUGGUAACAUAGUAAAGUACGUCAAUAACCGUCCAGCUAUUCAAAUACAGCACUGACAUUCAAGGGAAAUUCAGAUUGAACAUCCACUCUUUGAGUGUGAGUCAACCUUUAUAAUACGUACAGGCGUGUGACUCUGCGUGCUGAGAAUUGCGCUCAGUAACUGAUUGAGUGAAGUCUUUUUUGUUUUUUUAUAUGACUUAAAUAGUUCUCGCUUAUUGCUUGGAAAUUUAGACAUAAUUCUGUGGUUUUUUCAUCAAUUCAACAGAGAAUUAUAUAGUUAUGGAAGAAACAUUUAAAUUGACUGGGCUGGUUGUUGAAAGCACGAUUAGCGUUAACCCAGGGAUAAAAUUUAACCCGCCAUUUCGGUUCGCGUGUUUUUGUCGUCCGUUUAUUUCAAAACUUUGGAAAAAAAAAUUUCUAUUGAUCCAAAAAAGAUUUUUGGAAACUAUAUUCAAGUUUAUAAACUAAUGUUAGAAAGUUUGCUUUUAAUUUUACGUUAACCUGGGCUAAGCUAAUCCGUUUUCGAAUAACCGGGCCCAAGUGUUUGAAACGUUCGCUAAUAUAUGAUUUAUGACUUUUUUGACAUUUCAGCUAUUUACUAUCUGGAUGUCACAAUUGUGAACCGUUACGGAAAACGUGUCCUGAUUAUCACUUCCCUUCCUGAUCCAGCACAUACGCGAUUUGAAAUUCAUGUUGGUGAAAGUCAUCGAAUCACUUCAACACUUUCUACACAUCAAAAAAUAGUUAUCACAGCAUUUGAUGGAGCAACGUAUAAGUCAAUCACGAUAGAUGGAAAGAUCGCAGUUUUUGUAUUGCCAAGUGUUACACCAGUCACUCAUGUCUACCAUAUUCCUUCAGGUGAGUUAUAUAACUAGAGUAUGGAGAACACUUGCAAAACCAUUGUUUAUACCAUUUCUUUUUCUCCCCAUGAGUAGCUCGCAUAAUAGUAAUAAUAUACAGUAUACAGUAUAUAGAAUCCAUAUUAUUGAGUGAAACCUUAGUCGGAUGGUUGACAUUUUGAGAAUCAUUGCAAAUUAUGUGAAAUGCCACAAACUAUAUCAAAAUUCAAUAUUCAGAUUGUAUACAAUACGUACACUACUGGUUGAUACAGUGCAGAUCUUAUGGUUUAAGUAUCGCGUCAGCAGUUCUCACUUGAAGUGAUAACUGUAGUCAAUUAAAUUUCACGUUUCUGGUUUCAAACAAGAACCCCUCUCGCUAUUUAUAACGCUUCACUUGACUUGUGUCCAGGGUUCGUGACUUAAAGCAGGUGCCAUGCAUCUUUUGAUAAUAUGUAAGCACCGACAGUGGUAUAUUAUCGUCAUAUCUAGUUGUCUCGUUACAGCAGCCCCUCCAGUUGGUAUCAUAACAACCCAACGUCCAGUUAUUCCUGCUACCACACCAGGUCCAACUGAUGCUCCUGUGUCAACACAAGCUCCAACUGAUGCUGCUCUAUCAACAGAAGCUCCAACUGAUGCUGCUGUAACAACACAAGCUCCAACUGAUGCUGCUGUAACAACACAAGCUCCAACUGAUGCUGCUGUAUCAACACAAGCUCCAGCUGAUGCUGCUGUUUCAACAAAAGCUCCAACUGAUGUUGCUGUGUCAACAAAAGCUCCAACUGAUGCUGCUGCAUCGACAGAAGGUCCAACUGAUGCUCUUGUCUCAACUAAUGCUGUUGUCUCAACAGAAGGUCCAACUGAUGGUGUGUCAACAAAAGCACCAACUGAUGCUGCUGUAUCCACAGAAGGUCUAAGUCAUGGUGUUGUCUCAACAGAAGUUCCAACUGAUGGUGUGUCAACACAAGCUCCAACUGAUGCUGCUGAAUCAACACAACGUCCAACUGAUGUUGCUGAAUCAACACAAGCUCCAACUGAUGCUGCUCUGUAUUACAUCAACGUAAAAAUUAUGAACAACUAUGGUUAUAAUGUUGAUGUACGCAGUAACACAGGUGUCAUUCAGGAUGUUAUGGUGCUUGCUGGUACCGUGCGUGGAAUUGAGGAGACAACGAACUCCGCUGAAUAUUUCGUUAUACGCGUUUAUGAUAGCCGUGAUGGGAUUCCAAUUCUGAUUGAUGGUGAAAGCUAUGUAAGAGUUACUCCCAAGUCCUCACCACAGUAUCAGUACAAUAUUGUGGUUGAACCUGGUAAGUUAUGAGUGGUGAUACAAUUCCCACAUUGUUUAGAAGCUUUAAGCCUGUUUUAAUUAUGCAUAUUGGAGAAAGCACUUGUUAUCCAGCACAUCUUUACCCAGCUGCACAAUCUCUACUGUCUACUUUGCUUUCGCUCAUUAAAUAUUAUCCUACGAUGUAGUUUACGGAAAUAUUGUUGUGUAGUUCAUUUUGGCCAAUGCUUCUUGACAUUCACUUCCCCAUUUUCUGGGUGAAGUUUGAGACAUAUGUGAGCAACAAUUAGUUCCUCAUAUCCUUGUAAUUCAUUCUAUUUGAUUAGGUGAAAUAAAAUUCUAUCUGGUGUUCUUGCUUCUCAAUAACUAUGAUGGUGAUGUUGUUGUUUCAACUGGUCUUCCUGGAACAUCGGGUGAGAUUACAAUGAAGCCAGGUGAAACGGUAGCAGUGAGUGAACAACCAAACAAUAACAACCCUAUCUCAGUGACAGCUGCAGUGGCCAAAGGAACCACUGGAAAAGUCAACAUCAAUGGGCAAAGCAGUGUUUCUAUCACACCUGCUGAAAUAUUUGGUGCUUCAUUCCAAGUUCUGUUUAUAUAUCGUGAAGACCCGAGUAAGUAAUUUUUUUUCUCUACUUGUUCUACUGAUUACCAUGCCGAAUAUUAUUUAUAGCGGACUUAUUUGUCAUCAGAAAGGGAUUUUGUAUAUUCCGGUUUGAAUUUUAAUGCUUGUAAAAAUGGGUACUGAAAUUUUUCUCUUUUCAUUUUAUUCAUGGUAAUUUGGAUUAAAAAUGCGAGUGAAGUAUUUCUACGUUUCUUUCGCUACAGAAAUAAUUUCUUAAUUUGCUCUUUAUCUUUUUCAGUUCCAACACCAGCUCCAGGAGAACCAGUGUAUUACGUCACCUUCAUUAUCACUAACACCUACGGUAAAGAUGUCUACUUGAGAACUAGUCUCCCAUCACCAUAUAACACAAUCAUUAUUAUGAAUGGUAAAACGGUCAGAAUGUCAAUCAAAGUUCUAACACAACAAGACGUUACAUUUGAAGCCUUCGUCAGGGAAACGGAAGAAAAUAUUACAAUAAAUGGUCAAGGCAUGUUCACGAUCACACCACGAGACAGUCCAGGCGAACCGAUUGUGUUGAACCUUCCUGAAUUAAUAGGUAUGUGUGUGGUUGUUUUAAUAUCCUUUAUUAGUUGUGAAACCUUCGCCGAUGGUUGACAUUUUGAGCAUUAUUGCAAAUUAUGUGAAAUGCCACAAACUAUAUCAAAAUUCAAUAUUCAGAUUGUAUACGUACACUUCAGGUUGAUACAGCGCAGAACUUAUCCAAGCAACGUUGUUCAGAUACGAAUGUCGCGUGUACAUAAUGUUCAGAUUUAAUUAUCGCUUCAGCAGUUCUCACUUGAAGUGGAUAACUGUAGUCAAUUAAAUUUCGCGUUUCUGGUUUCAAACAAGAACCCCUGUCGCUAUUUAUAACGGUUCACUUGACUUGUAUCCAGGGUUCGUGACUUACAAAUGGCAUGCAUGCUUUGAUAAUAUGUAAGCACCGACAGUGGUAUCUUCAUAUCCAGUUGUCUCGUUACAGCAGCCCCUCCAGUUGGUAUCGUAAAAACCCAAGGUCCAGUUAUUCCUGCUACCACACAAGGUCCAACUGAUGCUCCAGUGUCAACAAAAGCUCCAACUGAUGCUGCUGAAUCAACAAAAGCUCCAACUGAUGCUGCUGUAUCGACAGAAGGUGCAACUGAUGCUGUUGUCUCGACAGAAGGUCCAACUGAUAGUGUGUCAACAAAAUCUCCAACUAAUGCUGUUGUCUCAACUGAAGGUCCAACUUAUGGUGUAUCAACAGAAGCUCCAACUGAUGCUGCUGAAUCAACACAACGUCCAACUGAUGUUGCUGAAUCAACACAAGCUCCAACUGAUGCUGCUCUGUAUUACAUCAACGUAAAAAUUGUGAACAGCUAUGGUUAUAAUGUUGAUGUACGCAGUAACACAGGUGUCAUUCAGGAUGUUAUGGUGCUUGCUGGUACCGUGCGUGAAAUUGAGGAGACAACGAACUCCGCUGAAUAUUUCGUUAUACGCGUUUAUGAUAGCCGUGAUGGGAUUCCAAUUCUGAUUGAUGGUGAAAGCUAUGUAAGAGUUACUCCCAAGUCCUCACCACAGUAUCAGUACAAUAUUGUGGUUGAACCUGGUAAGUUAUGAGUGAUGAUACAAUUCCCACAUUGUUUAGAAGCUUUAAGCCUGUUUUAAUUAUGCAUAUUGGAGAAAGCACUUGUUAUCCAGCACAUCUUUACCCAGCUGCACAAUCUCUACUGUCUACUUUGCUUUCGCUCAUUAAAUAUUAUCCUACGAUGUAGUUUACGGAAAUAUUGUUGUGUAGUUCAUUUUGGCCAAUGCUUCUUGACAUUCAUUUCCCCAUUUUCUGGGUGAAGUUUGAGACAUAUAUGAGCAACAAUUAGUUCCUCAUAUCCUUGUAAUUCAUUCUAUUUGAUUAGGUGAAAUAAAAUUCUAUGUGGUGUUCUUGCUUGUCAAUAACUAUGAUGGUGAUGUUGUUGUUUCAACUGGUCUUCCUGGAACAUCGGGUGAGAUUACAAUGAAGCCAGGUGAAACGGUAGCAGUGAGUGAACAACCAAACAAUAACAACCCUAUCUCAGUGACUGCUGCAGUGGCUAUGGGAAGAACCACUGGAAAAGUCAACAUCAAUGGGCAAAGCAGUGUUUCUAUCACACCUGCUGAAAUAUUUGGUGCUUCAUUCCAAGUUCUGUUUAUAUAUUGUGAAGACCCGAGUAAGUAAUUUUUUUCUCUACUUGUUCUGCUGAUUACCAUGCCGAAUAUUAUUUAUAGCGGACUUAUUUGUCAUCAGAAAGGGAUUUUGUAUAUUCCGGUUUGAAUUUUAAUGCUUGUAAAAAUGGGUACUGAAAUUUUUCUCUUCAUUUUAUUCAUGGUAAUUUGGAUUAAAAAUGCGAGUGAAGUAUUUCUACGUUUCUUUCGCUACAGAAAUAAUUUCUUAAUUUCCUCUUUAUCUUUUUCAGUUCCAACACCAGCUCCAGGUAAACCAGUGUAUUACGUCACCUUCAUUAUCACUAACACCUACUGUAAAGAUGUCUAUUUGAGAACUAGUCUCCCAUCACCAUAUAACACAAUCAUUAUUAUGAAUGGUAAAACGGUCAGAAUGUCAAUCAAAGUUCUAACACAACAAGACGUUACAUUUGAAGCCUUCGUCAGGGAAACGGAAGAAAAGAUUACAAUAAAUGGUCAAGGCAUGUUCACGAUCACACCACGAGACAGUCCAGGCGAACCGAUUGUGUUGAACCUUCCUGAAUUAAUAGGUAUGUGUGUGGUUGUUUUAAUAUCCUUUAUUAGUUGUGAAACCUUCGCCGAUGGUUGACAUUUUGAGCAUUAUUGCAAAUUAUGUGAAAUGCCACAAACUAUAUCAAAAUUCAAUAUUCAGAUUGUAUACGUACACUUCUGGUUGAUACAGCGCAGAACUUAUCCAAGCAACGUUGUUCAGAUACGAAUGUCGCGUGUACAUAAUGUUCAGAUUUAAUUAUCGCUUCAGCAGUUCUCACUUGAAGUGGAUAACUGUAGUCAAUUAAAUUUCACGUUUCUGGUUUCAAACAAGAACCCCUGUCGCUAUUUAUAACGGUUCACUUGACUUGUAUCCAGGGUUCGUGACUUACAAAUGGCAUGCAUGCUUUGAUAAUAUGUAAGCACCGACAGUGGUAUCUUCAUAUCCAGUUGUCUCGUUACAGCAGCCCCUCCAGUUGGUAUCGUAAAAACCCAAGGUCCAGUUAUUCCUGCUACCACACAAGGUCCAACUGAUGCUCCAGUGUCAACAAAAGCUCCAACUGAUGCUGCUGAAUCAACAAAAGCUCCAACUGAUGCUGCUGUAUCGACAGAAGGUCCAACUGAUGCUGUUGUCUCGACAGAAGGUCCAACUGAUAGUGUGUCAACAAAAUCUCCAACUAAUGCUGUUGUCUCAACUGAAGGUCCAACUGAUGGUGUAUCAACAGAAGCUCCAACUGAUGCUGCUGAAUCAACACAACGUCCAACUGAUGUUGCUGAAUCAACACGAGCUCCAACUGAUGCUCCUCUGUAUUACAUCAACGUAAAAAUUGUGAACAGCUAUGGUUAUAAUGUUGAUGUACGCAGUAACACAGGUGUCAUUCAGGAUGUUAUGGUGCUUGCUGGUACCGUGCGUGAAAUUGAGGAGACAACGAACUCCGCUGAAUAUUUCGUUAUACGCGUUUAUGAUAGCCGUGAUGGGAUUCCAAUUCUGAUUGAUGGUGAAAGCUAUGUAAGAGUUACUCCCAAGUCCUCACCACAGUAUCAGUACAAUAUUGUGGUUGAACCUGGUAAGUUAUGAGUGAUGAUACAAUUCCCACAUUGUUUAGAAGCUUUAAGCCUGUUUUAAUUAUGCAUAUUGGAGAAAGCACUUGUUAUCCAGCACAUCUUUACCCAGCUGCACAAUCUCUACUGUCUACUUUGCUUUCGCUCAUUAAAUAUUAUCCUACGAUGUAGUUUACGGAAAUAUCGUUGUGUAGUUCAUUUUGGCCAAUGCUUCUUGACAUUCAUUUCCCCAUUUUCUGGGCGUAGUUUGAGACAUAUGUGAGCAACAAUUAGUUCCUCAUAUCCUUGUAAUUCAUUCUAUUUGAUUAGGUGAAAUAAAAUUCUAUGUGGUGUUCUUGCUUGUGAAUAACUAUGAUGGUGAUGUUGUUGUUUCAACUGGUCUUCCUGGAACAUCGGGUGAGAUUACAAUGAAGCCAGGUGAAACGGUAGCAGUGAGCUAUCUCAGUGACUGCUGCAGUGGCUAUUGGAAGAACCACUGGAAAAGUCAACAUCAAUGGGCAAAGCAGUGUUUCUAUAACACCUGCUGAAAUAUUUGGUGCUUCAUUCCAAGUUCUGUUUAUAUAUCGUGAAGACCCGAGUAAGUAAUUUUUUUUCUCUACUUGUUCUACUGAUUACCAUGCCGAAUAUUAUUUAUAGCGGACUUAUUUGUCAUCAGAAAGGGAUUUUGUAUAUUCCGGUUUGAAUUUUAAUGCUUGUAAAAAUGGGUACUGAAAUUUUUCUCUUUUCAUUUUAUUCAUGGUAAUUUGGAUUAAAAAUGCGAGUGAAGUAUUUCUACGUUUCUUUCGCUACAGAAAUAAUUUCUUAAUUUGCUCUUUAUCUUUUUCAGUUCCAACACCAGCUCCAGGAGAACCAGUGUAUUACGUUACCUUCAUUAUCACUAACACCUACGGUAAAGAUGUGUACUUGAGAACUAGUCUCCCAUCACCAUAUAACACAAUCAUUAUUAUGAAUGGUAAAACGGUCAGAAUGUCAAUCAAAGUUCUAACACAACAAGACGUUACAUUUGAAGCCUUCGUCAGGGAAACGGAAGAAAAUAUUACAAUAAAUGGUCAAGGCAUGUUCACGAUCACACCACGAGACAGUCCAGGCGAACCGAUUGUGUUGAACCUUCCAGAAUUAAUAGGUAUGUGUGUGGUUGUUUUAAUAUCCUUUAUUAGUUGUGAAACCUUCGCCGAUGGUUGACAUUUUGAGCAUUAUUGCAAAUUAUGUGAAAUGCCACAAACUAUAUCAAAAUUCAAUAUUCAGAUUGUAUACGUACACUUCUGGUUGAUACAGCGCAGAACUUAUCCAAGCAACGUUGUUCAGAUAUUAAUGUCGCGUGUACAUAAUGUUCAGAUUUAAUUAUCGCUUCAGCAGUUCUCACUUGAAGUGGAUAACUGUAGUCAAUUAAAUUUCACGUUUCUGGUUUCAAACAAGAACCCCUGUCGCUAUUUAUAACGGUUCACUUGACUUGUAUCCAGGGAUCGUGACUUACAAAGCAUUAGGUCUCUACUGACCUCUGAGGUGCCAUGCAUCCUUUGAUAAUAUGUAAGCACCGACAGUGGUAUCUUCAUAUCCAGUUGUCUCGUUACAGCAGCCCCUCCAGUUGGUAUCGUAACAACCCAAGGUCCAGUUAUUCCUGCUACCACACAAGGUCCAACUGAUGCCUCUGUGUCAACAAAAGUUCCAACUGAUGCUGCUGAAUCAACAAAAGCUCCAACUGAUGCUGCUGUAUCGACAGAAGGUCCAACUGAUGCUGUUGUCUCGACAGAAGGUCCAACUGAUGGUGUGUCAACAAAAUCUCCAACUAAUGCUGUUGUCUCAACUGAAGGUCCAACUGAUGGUGUAUCAACAGAAGCUCCAACUGAUGCUGCUGAAUCAACACAACGUCCAACUGAUGUUGCUGAAUCAACACAAGCUCCAACUGAUGCUGCUCUGUAUUACAUCAACGUAAAAAUUGUGAACAGCUAUGGUUAUAAUGUUGAUGUACGCAGUAACACAGGUGUCAUUCAGGAUGUUAUGGUGCUUGCUGGUACCGUGCGUGAAAUUGAGGAGACAACGAACUCCGCUGAAUAUUUCGUUAUACGCGUUUAUGAUAGCCGUGAUGGGAUUCCAAUUCUGAUUGAUGGUGAAAGCUAUGUAAGAGUUACUCCCAAGUCCUCACCACAGUAUCAGUACAAUAUUGUGGUUGAACCUGGUAAGUUAUGAGUGAUGAUACAAUUCCCACAUUGUUUAGAAGCUUUAAGCCUGUUUUAAUUAUGCAUAUUGGAGAAAGCACUUGUUAUCCAGCACAUCUUUACCCAGCUGCACAAUCUCUACUGUCUACUUUGCUUUCGCUCAUUAAAUAUUAUCCUACGAUGUAGUUUACGGAAAUAUUGUUGUGUAGUUCAUUUUGGCCAAUGCUUCUUGACAUUCAUUUCCCCAUUUUCUGGGUGAAGUUUGAGACAUAUGUGAGCAACAAUUAGUUCCUCAUAUCCUUGUAAUUCAUUCUAUUUGAUUAGGUGAAAUAAAAUUCUAUGUGGUGUUCUUGCUUGUCAAUAACUAUGAUGGUGAUGUUGUUGUUUCAACUGGUCUUCCUGGAACAUCGGGUGAGAUUACAAUGAAGCCAGGUGAAACGGUAGCAGUGAGUGAACAACCAAACAAUAACAACCCUAUCUCAGUGACUGCUGCAGUGGCUAUGGGAAGAACCACUGGAAAAGUCAACAUCAAUGGGCAAAGCAGUGUUUCUAUCACACCUGCUGAAAUAUUUGGUGCUUCAUUCCAAGUUCUGUUUAUAUAUUGUGAAGACCCGAGUAAGUAAUUUUUUUCUCUACUUGUUCUACUGAUUACCAUGCCGAAUAUUAUUUAUAGCGGACUUAUUUGUCAUCAGAAAGGGAUUUUGUAUAUUCCGGUUUGAAUUUUAAUGCUUGUAAAAAUGGGUACUGAAAUUUUUCUCUUCAUUUUAUUCAUGGUAAUUUGGAUUAAAAAUGCGAGUGAAGUAUUUCUACGUUUCUUUCGCUACAGAAAUAAUUUCUUAAUUUCCUCUUUAUCUUUUUCAGUUCCAACACCAGCUCCAGGUAAACCAGUGUAUUACGUCACCUUCAUUAUCACUAACACCUACGGUAAAGAUGUGUACUUGAGAACUAGUCUCCCAUCACCAUAUAACACAAUCAUUAUUAUAAAUGGUAAAACGGUCAGAAUGUCAAUCAAAGUUCUAACACAACAAGACGUUACAUUUGAAGCCUUCGUCAGGGAAACGGAAGAAAAGAUUACAAUAAAUGGUCAAGGCAUGUUCACGAUCACACCACGAGACAAUCCAGGCGAACCGAUUGUGUUGAGGCUUUCUGAAUUAAUAGGUAUGUUUAGAGUUGUUUUAAUAUUCCUUGGUAUUUUUUGUUUGUGCAGUCCAGGCGCAAAGUGGACCAUUUCGAAUGGUUUCUGAGCGGUCUGAAACCAAAAUACCCGCUAUAAAGUUCGGCAGCCCCAAACCAAUAGGCUAUUUGAGAACACAGUAUAAACCACUGGUGGCAACACUGAGACUAGAGAGAUUUAGUCGGAAGGAACUAUGGUUGGUAGGAACGAGGGUACGAAGCGGAAAACUGAGCGGAGCAGUAGCAAAACGAUUUCGACGAGAAGUGCUAGAACAACAACGGAGAGCAGCAAAUGUAAGGAUAGCAGAGACAGAGUGGAAUGGAUUCAAGGAAGCGGUGGUGAAGACAGCAGAUUGAAUGUGUGCAAAAGUUAGAUAAGCCAAAGGGAGUGAUGGUGGAGGGAAGAAGAAUAGAUGUGAAUUGAAGAAAAGCGUGUAGAACUGCAACUAUCUGUGCUGAGAUGCAAAUAGGACAAACAGCUGGGAAAUGGGGAGCGAAGCAAGCCAAAAACAGCAGAAGAUUAUCUCUACUAUGAACUGGAAAAUUAACCACUAGUUUCCCGAACGAAAACGUACAAAGCUAUCAAAAACGAGAAAGGAGGGCAGGAAGACAAUGCAUCAUCGCCCUUCAUUGACAACAGUGAUGUAGUUUUACAUGUAGAAGGAGAAGCAGCAAAGAAGAGGUGUAGCAAGUACUUUGACACCUUACUUCCAACAAGAACACCAGGGAUCUCUAUGGCAGAAAAAAAGGCUGCAAUAAGUACGUUUGUCAAAUAGUCAUAUUCUCUUUAGCUGCAAGAUAAAACGAGGAAAAGCAGCAGGACGUGCCAUAUAAAAUUAUGGUUCUUGUCCAGGGAGAAGAAGGGAUCGUAUGGUUGCAUAGAGUAAUGAAUGCAAUUUGGAAAGAAAAGCGAAUACCCGGUAUUGGCAUGUCUUGUCCAUGUAAUGUGUAAGAAAUUUAAGAAACCCCAUAAUACGGACUGCCUGGUACAUUAGCUUUUUAGUUAUUUCAGGUAGUCUGUAUACCGUAAUAUUGAAAUUGUAAAUAUGUAAAAUAAGGGUACGAAAUAAAUAUGUCUCUGUCUUAAUACUAGACAGUAGAAUGAAAGUGUCAGUGGAGCCGUACUUGGGAGAAGAACAGUUUGGAUUCAGAAAUGGAAAAGGACGACAGACGUUAUGUUCAUUCUGAGACAGAUGAUCGAGAGAAAGCUGGAAUUCCAACGAGAAUUAAUGGGGCCUCCUGGAUUUGGAGAAGACGUAUGACAAAAUUAAUAGAGAAAUGUUCCCACCAGUACUACGACAGUACCACGGUCCAGACGAACUGACAACCAUGGUGAUGGCUCUGUACACAUAUCAACAGGUGAUGGCUCUGUACAUAUCAACACCGAGCACUCAAAUGAUAACAUGCUUUGGUAAAACCAAGGUAUUUAAAGUGAAAGUGGGCUGACAUCAGCGCUAAGCUUUGAGUCCACUGUUGUCCAUAAUUAAUACUGUUGUGCUACAUCAGUUAACGAUACCCAAUGGAGCGAGGACAAAAGGUAAUUUAUGUUGGUGAUAUCGGGUAGCGUAUCAAAAAAGCAGAGGAAUUACAAAAAGCAAUAAAGAACUGGAAAAACGAAUUGGAACUGGCAGUGCGUGGUAUGCGGAUGAGCAAGGCAAAACGGCAGUAAUGCAAGUUUUAAGAGGACAGACAAUGCCACGAUUACAGAUUGCAGUGGAUGGUCAGCAACGUAGUACUGCUGGAGGCAACUGGUGAAGCUAACAACAGCUUUCAUAUACCUAGUCAGUUGGCUAUACAGGAAUGUGGUGAUCUGUAUUGCGAGAUACAGGCAAACAGGGAACAGGAAACACAUGGAGGAAUAUUGCUGGAAUAAUAUUUGACAAACGGUUGCCAUCUGAAAACGAAGGUGUGCAAGACUAUGGUAAGACUGGUGAUCCUAUAUGGCGCAGGGACAUGGGCAGUGAAGGAAGAACAAGUGAAGAAAUUGGAGGUAGUGGAGGUGAGAUAUUUACGAGUUAUUAAAGAAGUAACAAGAAGAGAGAGAGAAUGAGAAACGAAGAAACAAGGAAGGAAUUGAACGUGGCGGAACUGAGAGAGAAGAUACUAGAAACUAGACUAAGAUGGUAUGGCCACAUGAAGAGAAUGGAAGGAAAUGAGUGUGUCAAAUUGGCCGCGGCGCAUAGGGAGGAAGAAAGGACGACUGAGGAAGCGGCGGAUGGAUUGUAUGCAUGAUGAUGGUAGAGUGGUGAAUCUGGAUAAGUUGACGACAUAAUAGAAGGGAAAAGUGUGCAGGCGACCUGACUCCCCUUGAUGGGACAAAGGGGAUGAUGAUGAUGAUUACAAUUCGUGGCUACCUCGUAACCGCGCAUGCACGUUAUCCUAAGUUACUGCAUUGGCAUGGGUAGCUGUGCUAAAAACAAGCAUUAGCCAAAUUUGUGUAUUCUUAUGAAUACAUUUUAUGAACGAAUUACAAGUAAUAUUUAUUAUUUUUAUACAUUUCAGAGUUAGCGGAAACUUACUGUACCUUAUUUUAUAUCAUUACUUUCAUCUCCAACACAAGCUCCAACUGAUGUUACUGCGUCAACACAACCACCAACCCAUUCUGUUUCAACAGAAGGUCAAACGGAUGCUAUGUCAACACAAGGCUCAACUGAUGUUUUAACAACGGAAUCACCAACUUCUACAACUGGAAUCGGUAAAGUUGAUCUUUUACUUUGCUUUCUGUUCAUUGUAUUGAAAAAAAGAUGACUAUGUGAAAACUGAAACCUGUAGAUUGCCUUCUAUCGACACACAUAUGCCUUUAGAAUUGAAACCGUUGUGUUACAUUGUGCUAGAACCAAUAUUUAUAGCGAGUAUGUUGUUAUGGAAAUUAUUUAUCUCCACUUCUAAUUUAGCUCCACUCCUCAAGAUUUAAUUUUCUAAUUCUCAAGUCGAUUUUGGCUGCUAUAUAAGAUCGUUGACUAUAUACGGACCUGUAUUAUGCAUGAAAACCUCCAUGUGACUUGAAUAACUUGCACUAUUGCUUUCAAACAUUUGAGCUGUGAAUACUUAUGACGUGCUGUAACGUAAGAUUUAAUUUUUGGUAUAAUUUUAUGACGAUAUUUCAGUUAUUAUUUACCAUCUGGAUGUCACGAUUAUGAACCGUUACCAAAAAAAUGUUAUAAUUCUUGUGAUCUUUCCUGGUCGAGCACAUCAACGAUUUGUGAUUCCUGUUAGUGGACGUUAUCCAAUCAAAUCAACACCUUCUACACGUCAACAAAUAGUCAUCACAGCAUAUGAUGCAGAAACAUUUAUUCCAGUUAUGAUAAACGGCAAGAGCGCAGUUUUUGUAUUCCCAAGUGUUACACCAGUCAGUCUUGUCUACUAUAUUUCUUCAGGUGAGUUACGGCAUGGACAACAGUUGAAUAACCCUUGUUUAUAGCUACAGAAUUCAUACAGUAGAACAAAGUUAGUUAUUACAAAAAAAUAAUGAUUAUUUUUUUGUAAUUUGACAAAUAAUUUUCAUAAUUGCAAUGCGUAGCUACCUUUGUUCUAAUGUAUAAACUGGGGCUCCAGUUUUGUAAUUUGUAAACUGGGACUCCAGUAACUGCGCAAACCCGUUAUCCAAAGUUCUGGAUUAGGUAGCGAUAUUAAAAACAAGCAGCCCUAUUAGCUAGCCAAAAGAAAUUUUAUGAAAGAAUUCCAAGUAAUAGUUAUGGUUUUUUACCUUGCAGUGUUCGCGGAAACUUACUUUGUACCUUAUUUUUUUCAUUGCUUUCAACCCCAUUCUCCAACAGAAACACCAACUGCUGUUCUGUCAACACAAGUUCCAAUUGAAGCUGUGUCAAGACAAAGCUUAACUUAUGCUGUAAUAACACAAGUUCCAACUGAUGUCAGUGCAACAACGGAAACACCCACUUCUCUUUCUGGAAUCGGUAAACUUGAUCUGUCAUUUGUUGUUGUUUUUUCAUUGAAUUGAUUUAUUGGACAAUUAUCAAGGGACAUGCUUAAUUUCACUUUGUGUUAACAUGCGCAAUGGGGAAAAUGAAUAUGAAUGCCAUCAGGCUUUCAGUGGGGGGAUCAAAGCUUAUAUAGAUCUUAUUUCAUGAGGCCGAAGAUUUCCUAACGCUGCAUAUGAACAAUGCCCCAUAAACAAUGAAGCUUCGGUAGUAUACUGGUUGUAGUGCUGGGUGUAUACACAUGCAUGCAGUACUCGAUUUGCUAUUCGAUUUGAAAUUUUAUAGAUGCAUGAUUUUAGGAACGGGGCCCUGGAAAAUACUUUGUUUCUAACUGUUUGUAGCUAUACGUCGAAAAAUAUACGUUAAAAUAUAAAUGUAAUAACUAAAGACUUUUCAUCGUGUCGUUUAAAUUUAGCAAUAUAUCUUACUUGGACUAAAGUAAUAAACACAACUGAUCUCAUGUCUAAUUCGCAACACCGGAGUUUUUAGGUAUUUAAUUAAGCAUCAUGUACAUGUAAUGGCAUAGAUACUGGCUGGAUAAUCGUUGCCGGAAAAGCGUCGUUUCAAAUAUAAAGAAUUGCCUUAAAACACAGAAAAAAUUAUGAAAAACGUACAAUUCUGUAAGUUUAAAAAAAUAUUAUUAACACUCCAAAAUAUAUUAUAAAACUGUUGAAAUAUUUUCUAAAACUUACCUAUUUUGGUCCCUAUACAUAUAUUAUUACUCCAGAACUACUUUGGGAAUCAUGCACCUAUAUGUUUUAAUCCCAACUUGUCUUUAACUAAUUCUAUAACCCGUUAAUUUUCUUAUUUUGUUUCAUUCAGGUGGUAUCUACUAUCAAUUGCAUAGGGUUACGAAGGACUCAAAAUACGGUAGUGAAAUUUUCAUUUCUGGAAGACGGAAGUACACGAUAGAAAACGACAGUUUCAACCCUGUACAAUUUAGGGCAAAUAAUCCGCCAGAUCAGCCAGUUUUUGUGAAUAAUGUCCCUUUCAGCAAGUUUCUGGAACAACUGAACGAAAAGCUACGCAAAUGAUCCAUACUGGGAUGCAAAUAAAACAUUUGUGCAUAUAUCAUUUAAUUAAAUUGUAUACAACGCACGAAAAGAACCGCGAAAUGAUGCAGCGGUUAACGUAAGAUGAACGUUUGUCAUAAACCGUACAAGUAGAAAGUC